CUUCCUCACCGCGUUUCAUCGUCACUUCCGGCUCUGAGUCUUGUGGAGAGAGGCGGAGGCCCUUGGCGGAGUGGUUGCGAUAAUGAUGGGUGAAACGGUCCGCCGAUGAGGGAAGCUGACAAAAGGGAAGCGAUGAAGUCCCACGAGAGUGCCUCCAGGUCGGGGGGCUGGGGUUCCCGGAAACGCUGUGACUCCUUUGUGAACAGCUUGUUUGAGGAAGCAGAGGACGCCGGCGUCCUCAAUGCUUCUCCGGAUGACAUGGAGACUCAGGCAGAUAUUGUUAUCAAAAUGUGGAAAAACGGCUUUACAAUUGAUGAUGGACAACUCAGGGACUACUCAGAUUCUGACAACCGGCAGUUCAUGGACUCCAUGCGCAAAGGGGAACUUCCUUCAGAGCUGCAGAGAAAACUUAAGAAAAAAGAGGUUGCCGUGAAUGUUGAGGACAGAAAGGCUGAAGAGUUUACGACACGGAAGCCACGCGUUGAUCCGUUCUCGGGCCCGGGACACCGACUGGGAAGUGCCACCCCCAAAAUCAUCACCAAAGAAGCAAACAGCGAUGAGCUGCCUUCUGUGGAACUGAAUGAAUUGGAGCCUUUGACCAAUAUAAAGUUUUGGCUGGCUGACGGGAAGAGGAUUGUGCAAAGGUUCAACACAUCCCACAGGAUCAGCGACGUUCGCAGCUUCGUCGAGCGAAUCCCGCUGAAGUCUGGAAGCGCGCCCUUCACGCUGGCGACCUCCUACCCGCUGCGGGAGCUGCUGGACGAGACCCUUACGAUCCGGGAGGCCGAGCUGCAAAACGCGGUUCUGGUCCAGAGACUACGAAGAGACAAGGAACCCUUCAGGGACUCUUAGGUUUUUGUGCGGUGCCCAGCGUGCCGCCGCAGAGCAGCUGGUGCUGUGAGCCUCAGAUGCCGAAAUAUUUAUAAAGCGCUUUAAUUUUUUACUUUAUUUUUUGGCGUUUCAAUCUGAAAAGCACCGUGAAUGAACACCCGCUAGGUAGCAUCUUCCUGUAGCUGCCCUGUUUGCGUGUUAUUCACAGGCUUGGGUUUAACGAUUGAACUUAUCGCUGUGUUGAGGCGUCUACGGUCCCACUCGACACAUGGGGGGAGUAGGGAAGGGAAAAUCUGUGCAUUAUGACAGCCAAUCAGAAUGCCUCGCUCUAAUCUGCUCAGGGCCCUUGUAUCCCCCCUAACAAGCUCUGUUUUAAGACCUGCUGAUCGAACAGAUACGGCUUCGCAAUAACACACAGGCAUUCUGUGGCACUGACGGGGUUAAUGCUGUAGUUCAUGGACUGGCUUCCAGUACGGUUAAUCCCACUCUAAUAUUUCCCUCUGCUGCCUUCUUCCCGUGAAUUAAUAUUAUUAUUAUUAUUGCAUAACCAGCAGAUCAUGGACUUUCCGUCUCUUUGCACUUAUUCUCCCCGUAUCCCAGCAUGCGACCGGGAGAGCUCUCUCCUUCACUGGCUGCCGCUUUAACGGCUUCCGAAAGAUUUAUCGUUAAUUUAUAAGAUAGGACGGAGGGUCCGAUGGCCGCCGUGCCUAAAGAAAAGCAAUACUCGCUGUAGGAAGGCCGGAAUAAUCAGCCUUUGAUACGCUCUGCCUUAACAUGAAAAUUCCACUUGGUUAAUCAUGCGGAGCAAGUUGCGUGCAGCCUUUUUUAAAAUGUAUUUAUUAUUUUAUAUAUUUUUUUAUUUUAUGCAGGCAAUCGAUGGAAUUUAAACAGCCCCGUUUUGUUAAAUUCUGUUAGGCUGCGUAAUCAAAUACACACACUCACACUCACACUCCCACACAUACUAACACUAAAGCGUGACUACAGCAUGCAACCCGAUUGAUUUUAUCCCGGUCAUUGGCUUGCGAUUGGUUAAAGGCGGGUCGGAGCUCUCUUUUUGGAGAGCGUGGCGCCGGCGGUUUACUGUUGAUCAGUACGGGACGGGUUUGAAGCAGCGCGCGGCCCGAUACAAUAAACUGUUUGCAUGCAGCUAGUCUGCUAUUUAGUAUACGGGUUUUUACUCGGCUGCGUGUGAACUUGCAUGUUACGCUGAAAAGGUUUGCAGUGCGUCAAUCUUUUUGGUUCCGUUUUUUCGAAACAUAAUAAAGAUAAUUUUACGCUUUUA